AUGCCUCGUAGGAAGCGGAGCCGCAAGCCGCCCCCGUUCCCGGCCCUGCCCCCGGAGAAGCUUCAACCGCCCGGCGGAGGCCCCGAGAGAUUUGAAUCAGAGUUCACCCACGAGGAACUACUGUGGUUAUACCGCACCAAGCUUGAACAAAACCACCGCUACCAAUGCUGCUGGUUGCAGAUUGAGCGCAGCUACGGACCCUCGAUGGACAAGGUCGAGCCUCACCUGGGGCAAAUGGGUCAAUAUGGACUCGAUGACAGAUGGUACCAGUCGGUGCCCAUGUACUUCUUGGGAACUCUUAGACACCGCUGGUAUGUGGUUCGGAUACUCAUCGAGAAGUACAUCUAUAAGCGGUGGUUUCGACCCUACCGGAGCGCAAUCGAAUUGGGCCAGUACCUUAUGUUCAUCUCACCCAAGGGCGUAAGCAGCCCCGACUCGCCGCCGUCCAGGUCGGUCGUUGAGUAUCUGCUGGCCAUGAACAAGGCCGUCUGUGCGAACGCCGAGAAGUAUGCACAGGAGGCCCUGCGAAGCGAGUUGGGAUCAGGAGAACAGAUUGCGGAGUCGACCCCAUCGCGCAGCACCCGGAUGCUGAAUCCGCUCGUCAAGGUGAUUAUCAUGAUCGUCUACCCGGACACCAUCGGUUCCUUGCCUGUGUAUCUCGUGCGGACUGGUGUCGAAGAAGGACUGUCUGCGCCGAUCUCGUUCGACUCCAUCUCAGACAAGGUGGAGCCCCAAGAGGCUGAGGGCGUUGUGAAAACCAACCUCGAGACCGCCAUCGACUUCGUCAUGGCCUUGGACGCCCGCGAGGAGGCUUCUUUUGGUCCCCAACCAGAUCUGCUAGGCAUAGCGGCGCGGCACUACAGAGAUGAAGGCGCCGACAAGUUGACGACGCUACCAAGCUCCUAAUGGGUGAGCGAUGAGAGGGCCGAGGAAUGGGGCUGGUGUGGAGCGGGUCGACGAGAGUUCGAGCAAUGGGAGAGUAAACAGGAAGGUAGGGGUUUUGCUUGGUACAAGCUGCACUUUAUCGCUCAGAAGAUUGUUAGAGAGGCCUAUGAGAACGAGAAGGAGGAUGAAUUGCCCAAUACGAUAUAUCUCGGCAACUAUGGGAUUGGAUCCGGGACGUAUAGAUUGCUGAUGGAAGCUGAAAGGAAGGAGGCUGCUACUAGGUCGGACG